AUGGCGGUUCAAUUAAAAACUAGCCGUAGCAAGUUUAAAGUCACUGCAACUGUAGGUGCUGUUAUAGUCGGCAGCUAUAUUGUUUUAAAAACUUUCCCACAUUUAAAAGAUUCAAUUUAUAAUUACUUGACUGGUAGCGGAGAAAUUGAAGAUGACAAUGAGCCUAUAGAAUUGAAGGAAGAGGCGAAAGACCAACAAUCCAAUAUUGAAACAAAGAUAACAGAAUCAAGCACAGAUACAGAAGUAGUAGCCAAAUGGUCUGACAAUAAAUUGAAAAGCUGGUUGAGAGAAGUAAGUAUAUUAUUCGAAUAUUUUAAUCUUAAGAAGGGUAUAUAG